CGUGGACGGUGAGGAAGAUACCGGCGACGAAUCCCGGGAAAAUCUCUGAUCCAUCGCGAGCGCAACUUUUCUAUAGAUGUUUAACAAAUAGUUGUAAUUAGUCGCAAGGUAAAGCCUGAGAAUGGCGCGGAAACCGGACCACACGCCGGACGAGCUAGAGCUCGAGAUGAUGGCUCAGGCUGAACUUUCAAGAUUGAAAAGGCAGUACAGAAUAAUGGAGAACGAUCGAGGGACCUGCGUCGAGGAUGCGAGGCUACAACUCCGCAAUCAAAUGAACAUGAUCGAUCGUUUAGAGUACGAAAAGUCGGAGCUCGUCCUCCGUAUCAGAACGGCUGCGUCGAAGACGUUUAUUCGUAAAGAUGCGGAAAUAGAGGAAAAGCUCAAGUGUCUCAUGAAGAUGCAACAGGAGUAUGAUGAAUCGAUCACGAUGGAGAAAGAGGAAAUAGCUGUGCUCGAUAAAGAAAUUCAGAAGUUAUCGAAAGAGACCACGUGUUUAAAAAUGAAAAUUAGAUCGGACGCGCAGCUGAAGGAGCGGGCUGUGCGACAGAAUAAAUUGAUUUACAUGCUGGAGAAUCGAUUGGACGUAGCGACGAAGAGAUUCAACAUCGCUGUCUGUGACAAUAAGAAGCUGCGGGAGGAAAUCGAGAGUAUGAUCAAGGACCGAGAGCAGUUUACAGCGUAUUGGAAUAAAUUGAUGAAUCAACUGAACACUGGCAAGCAAGUUAUCAAUGAUUUGAUCGAGCAAGCUACCAUCGCGUUCAAUCAGAGAGACGAGGAGCUGAAUAAGAUGCAAGCUCUUCGAGAAAGAGGAUUGAGAGAUCUGAGGGCUCACGUCACAGAGAUGUGCGAACUGCAAAGGACGAUGGACAACGAAAUGAAAUUGCAAGAAUUCCUUGGCGUGAAGGGACAGUAUCGUGAAAUGGCCGAUUUGAACGCGAAACGCGCAGAGGAGAAAAGGGAAAGAAUGGAGGAGAAACAAAAUAAAAUUGCGUCUUACAAACAAAUUCUGCACAUGAUCAAAGAAUUCACUGGCGAGCACGACGUCGACAAGCUCAUAGGACACUUUAUAAAGCAAGAGGAGGAAAACUUCGCGCUGUUCAGUUAUGUGAAUGAAUUAAACGAUGAACUUGAGAGCCUCCAGACGAGAAUGACGCAGCUGACAGCUGCUAUAGAAGAUGCAGAGUACACGACUGAGCUUCAGGGUCGUCAGCAAACCGAAAUCCUAGAAAAACUUAAAAAAGACCUUGAAGAACAGACCGUUCUCGCCGAUGCAGCUGAAGAAAAUUUGACACAGUGCGAUGACGUGAUAGAAAAAUUACUUAAAGGGAUAGAUUCUCUUUUCAAAGCAAUUCGUUGCGACAAUUCUCCGAUCUUGAAACUAUUGGGCGACCACGAACAGAUAACACCGAAUAAUGUUAUGCUAUAUCUAGGAAUCAUUGAAAAACGCAUCACGCAGAUGUUCCACAAAGUGUACUGGCUAGACAGAGCGACUAAGACGCAACAGCUGAGACUGGACGAAGAAAGAAGACCCAGGUUGAAAGUACCUCCGAUUGAAUACAUUGCCCCUACCCAACCUUGCGCCCUAUGCAUCGAAAAGGAAGAAAUACAAAUCGUAUCCGAGGGUUUGGAACACCCACUCUCGCGCGACGAGGCUACUAACAAGUUGAAACAAAGGCUCGAAGAAGAUUAUUCGGAAUUGCUGCACAACAUAUCAGGGUGUCACUUGCCGGCAGCUAGAAAAGUCAUACAAAAAAGAUAUCAAUAAAAUAGUACGUAAUAGGAAGCCCGUGAAUUGGGUACGCAAUCAGAAAGCAGAAUAUAAUCGGCUCAAUCUGAAUCGUAUAAAAAAAAAAAUUGUCACCCCUCCGCCCUUUUAGUUUGCUUUUUAAUAACAGUAUAGUAUAACAUAUUUAUCAGUAUUUAUAAUUUAUUUCUUUAGAUUAUCUAUUUACAAAUAAUGUGGACAAGUAAAGUGUC